UUCUUUUCUUUUCCUGCAAAUUUCUCGCUCGAGUUUGCUUGCUAGGGUUAGGGUUUUACAGACCGGGAGGAAGGUACCAUCUAAUUUGCUCUCAUGACGAGCGUGGAUUCGGUUCAAUGCUUCGGGCGCAAAAAGACUGCUGUUGCAGUAACCCACUGCAAGCGAGGCAGGGGUCUCAUCAAGAUUAAUGGCUGCCCGAUUGAGCUCGUGGAGCCGGAGAUCCUCCGCUACAAGGCCUACGAGCCAAUCCUUUUGCUCGGUCGUCAGCGCUUCGCAGGUGUCGACAUGAGGAUUAGGGUACGCGGUGGUGGUCACACUUCGCAGAUCUACGCGAUUCGCCAGAGUAUCGCCAAGGCCCUUGUUGCUUACUACCAGAAGUACGUCGACGAGCAGUCGAAGAAGGAAAUCAAGGAUAUCCUCGUAAGGUACGAUAGGACUCUCCUUGUCGCUGAUCCGAGGCGCUGCGAGCCCAAGAAGUUCGGUGGUCGUGGAGCUCGCGCUCGUUUUCAGAAGUCUUACCGUUGAGAGGAGAAGAAUGACGGAAGAGAGGAAGAAGACGGAGAGGUUUUCCUCUCUUCUACUUUUUGUUUGCGUUAUAUUUUAGUUUUUGCCGUAUUGUUGGUUAUUGAUUUUGAUUUUUCGAGAUAUUUGCAAACACAAUAGCUAUUCGGAUGGUAAUUAUAUUUAUUUCCAGUGGGAAAUCGUCCUGCAUUUUUCUUUCUGUUUGAA